UAUGAAUUUACCAAAUACGUAUUGAGACCACAUUGAUGUCUCGAACAUAGAGGCGGAUCGAGAAUCGAGAUCCCCCGAAAACCAGUCGUUGUGCCCUUUUCAACCUUGUCAAAGGGUUUGAAUCCAUCAACAACAUUUCCUGUUUGCUGGAGUGGAGUGCCCUCUGAUUUUCCACACCCUGGGAAAAAAGGUUCUGAUUUCUGAACCCUUUUUAGUUUACACUAUUUUCCACCCACCCAUUGGACUGAUCAUCUCCCCAAGUAUUCCACACGCCCUCGCCCACCUCCACCACCAUCCAGGCGAAGGGAAAAGGUAGGAAAUUUAAACAGAUUCGACCCAUAAGAAAAGUUUUUCGUUAGAUUUGAACUCCUUUUCAUGUUGAGAUUUCCAUUGACCUAAUCGCCUGACAUGAAUAUAACAAAAUAUCAAAGGUUGUGUCACUCUUGUUGAGUUUUUUUUUUUAUCUAGUUAAUUAACUGAAAAUUGAUAAGCUUUUUAACGAGUUCACUUUCGGUUAGACGAAAAACGAAAACUCGAAAUGUCUGCACCCCCAAUUGAAAUGGAACCCUCCUCUACCACUCACCUGAUGCUUGUGGUUACUUCUCGGGGUUUCGGUUUGUACCGGGAAAAAGAAAUGAUAAAAAUGGUUUGAAGGACCCAAAAAAUCCGAAAGCAAUACAACGUUCUUAUCGAUUUGAUUUUGGUUUAAACAAAAAAAAUCAAAUUCAAAUGCGAUAUCUCAUCCCUAUAUAUCUAGUAUAGUUUGAAGCUAGUGUGGUAGCUGGGCAGAAGGAUCAACGGUUUCUCAUGGUCGUAACUUUUUUUUAUAUAAUUGUAUAUGUAUUGUAAUAUUUUUUUUUACACUAAUUUAGAAGUCGGGCCAUGAAUCACUACCAUCCCUUAGUAAACACACAACUCCCACCACUAUUCAUCGACACAUUUGAAAUAAAUCGCAAUUUCAUCUGCGUGCACGCGCACACAUGAUGCAUCAUCCACUUAUCCCAAUUCCCACACACAUACAUACAUGGGUCUUUUUUAACACAUUGUUAACCCAUGUUUAACAAUGUCAUCAAAACUAUGUCUCACAAGUCACAAUAAACAUCCACAACCAGAUCAUACAUGAUUUAUUACAUCACACGUACCGAUGUAUGAUUCUUACAUAUGCAUGGAACAUGCAAAUUACUAAAUUAGUGAAACGCGGUGGUCGUAUAACAAUUAAUUAACAACUGAUCAUUAAUAAUUGUGUCAUUUUUCGAUGUCAAGAAGUAACUGCCAAACUAUUCAGUGUGGCCCAACCCACAGCCCACGCUACUCUAAAAAAAACCCAUCUUCCCAAAACAGAAACCCGACCCGAUCCGACCCAACUCAACUCGGUCGUCUUCUUCCCUCGCCGAAGACUUUCCACGCCUAUGCUAGACUGCUACUUCUUUUCUCAAUCUGCCAUGGCGGUCCCCGUCCCUCUCAACCCUUUUCUCUGCUCUCUCUAUAUAAAACCCCACCGGUCAAGAGUCAGAAACCCCGAACCUCACCUACAUUCAUCCUCCCAAAACUCCAAAACCAACAGCAAAAAAAAAAAAAAAAAAAAAAAAUUCCCAAUCUCCACCCUCAAUUCAAAACCUAGAUCAACUGGUUGGCAGCACGGGAUUUCCCCCAAUUCACAUAUGGGUUUAUCCCUGUCGGUGCUCCACUCAGCUUGGGAAGAAAUCCUCCGCCAAAGCUUCCUCUCCCUCGCCUACAGCAACUUCUCCCUCACCCCCAAAAAUGGCGGAUUCAAAGCAGAGCCCACCAAUACCAAUGCCCCCAACAACAAAUUCACUAGAACCUCCAGCGUCAAGUUGAACCUCUGCAGGCCGCAGAGGAUCAAGCUUCAAAAGGAUGCGAGAUCAAUCGUCGCGACAGGGAACAAUACCGAACCGCCGCCGCCGGCGGCGGCGGCGCUACCUUCGCCGGCGAUCAUGUUCUCGCCGAGGCCCGCGAGCGAGCUGGACGACGCGGCGGUGAAGCUGCAGAAGUUCUACAAGAGCUACAGGACGCGGAGGAACCUGGCGGAUUGCGCCGUGGUGGUGGAGGAGCUGUGGUGGAAGGCCCUCGAUUUCGCGGCCCUGCGGCGGAGCUCCGUCUCCUUCUUCGACGACAGCAAGCCCGAGACCGCCGUCUCCCGUUGGGCCCGGGCCCGGACCCGGGCCGCCAAGGUCGGCAAAGGUCUGUCCAAGGACGACAAGGCCCAGAAGCUCGCCUUGCAGCACUGGCUCGAAGCGAUCGAUCCACGGCAUCGGUACGGUCACAACCUCCAUUUCUAUUACGAUCUGUGGUUCAAGUCCGAGAGCUGCCAGCCUUUCUUCUACUGGCUGGACGUGGGAGACGGAAAAGAAGUGAAUCUGGAGAAAUGUCCGAGGUCGCUUCUUCAACGGCAGUGCAUUCAAUACCUAGGACCGAAAGAAAGGGAGGAAUACGAAGUGAUGGUGGAAGAAGGGAAGUUGGUGUACAGAGGCAGCGGGCUGCCGGUGGAGACGACGGAAGGUUCCAAAUGGAUAUUUGUGCUCAGUACUUCCAGGGUUUUGUACGUGGGUCAGAAAAAGAAAGGGGCUUUCCAGCACUCCAGUUUCCUCGCCGGCGGUGCCACCUCCGCCGCCGGCCGCCUCGUUGCUCGCGGCGGCGUCCUCCAGGCAAUAUGGCCGUACAGUGGACAUUACCAACCGACGGAAGAAAACUUCAGGGAGUUCGUAAGCUUCCUCCAGGAGAACAAUGUCGAUCUUGCCAAUGUUAAGAGAUACGCCGUGGAUGAUGACACCGAAUACAAAGUCAACGGAGAAGGUGGAUCAACACAGCCGUCAAAAUCAAUGGCGGCAGACGGCGCGUCUUCGCCGCCGUCGUCGGACGUGGCAGACGCAGCCGUGUCGGUCAAGAAGGUGGACGAGGAAGAAAAUAGGACGGCGGGCACGCCGCCGAUGUUUGACUCGGGGAAGGCCGACCGGUUGUCCUGCAAGUGGAGUACCGGCGCCGGGCCACGGAUCGGGUGCGUGCGGGACUACCCUACGCAGCUGCAAUUCAGAGCGCUGGAGCAAGUCAACUUGUCUCCCAGAAUGGCUCCCGCCAGCUUUGGGCCCAUCCCGUCUCCCAGGCCCAGCCCGAAGAUCAAGCUCUCUCCUAGGCUUUCGUACAUGGGCCUGCCUAGCCCAAGGACCCCCACAAUUUCUGUAAGCUAAUUGAAAGGGUUAAAAAAUUGAUUUAAGUGAUAACUCUGUUUACCAAGGUAAGUGAUUAGGUAGAUUAUAGGUGGGAAAGAAACACAAUUAGGUAGGGGGAGGUAGAUAGAAAUAGGGGUUAGCAUGAAAUUCAUAUUCUUCUUUUUUUUGCUUUUUGGUUUGGGACACAUGUUUGUUCCUUAAUCCUUUCUUUGUUCAUUAAUUUUAUUUAUUAUUUCUUUUUGUCAAGUACCUUGAAUUCAUCAUAGUUAGUGGGGUUAUUUUUACAGCUCACCCAGUGUAGGGUCCUGACUCCUAUGGUCAUUUGCAAUUGUGCAGUGUAAUACAAAUUCUGAAGUUGA